UUUGACUUAAAUAUGGCUAAUAUAGAAAGGUUUUAUGACGUUUUAAAUCCAAUAAUUAAAAAAAAGAUUCUAGUAAUACUUUUUAUUUAACACGUGAAAUGUACAAUACGUAUUUACAUGAAGUGAAGAACGUAAAAACAAUCGCUGUUAAAAAAUCAAUUCACUAUCGGAGAUUAAAACGUUUUGAUGUUCUUUGUAUUGGGAAUGAAGACAAACUUAUUUUUCCAGUGGAAAGUGGAUCUGAAGAUAUUCGAUACUACGUAUGUAAUGAAGAACUUCUUGAUAUUAUACACGCAGCUCAUAUUGAAACAGGACAUGGUGGUAGGGAUCGGAUAAAUCAUAUGCUAAAAAAAAAAUUCAAAAAUAUUAAUGUGGAAGCUAUAAAUAUGUACUUGAAAAUGUGUGAAACAUGCCAGAAAAAGCAUAGUAUACCAAAAAAAGGACUCGUUGUUAAACCGAUAUUGCACAAUGAAAUGAAUUCUCGAUGUCGAAUUGAUUUAAUUGAUAUGCAAUCAAACCCAGAUAAUGGUUUUAAAUACAUUAUGGUGUAUCAAGAUCACCUGACAAAAUUUGUGAUUAUACGGCUUUUACGGUGUAAACGUGCAGAAGAAAUUGCAUAUCAACUUCUAGAUAUAUUCACUCUCUUUGGAGCUCCUAGUAUACUACACUCUGAUAACGGGCGAGAAUUUGUAAAUAAAAUUGUUACCAGUGUAUGUGAAAUGUGGUCUCAAGUUAAAAUAGUUCAUGGCAAAGCUCGUCACAGCCAAUCUCAAGGAUCGAUUGAACGAGCUAAUCAAGACAUCAAAAGUAUGAUAGCAACUUGGAUGGAAACUAAUGACAAUGCAAAAUGGUCUGAAUCUUUACGAUUUGUUCAUGCAAUGAAAAAUGCAGCAUUUUAUUCAGACUCUAAAAUUACAAUUUCUAAUGAAAAUGAGGAGACGAAUACUACUGAAAAAAUCAAUGAGGACAUAGACAUUGAUCAUAACCAAGGAAAAAAAAUCGAUAUUGAGAUCUACAAAAAACGAUGAAAAACAAUUUUAUCGAAGAAAGAUAAAAAUGAAAAAGUUAUUGAAAAAAUAUUACUUGAACGUUCUACUAAAAUUAAACGACAACGAGAAGAGUCACUACAAUCUCUGGAAAAACAAGCAAAAAAAAUGAAAACAAUAUCUCAUAAAAAUGUUCCUGCUGCAUUAAUUGGUCAAACAGUGCGAGUGAUAAUUCCAGAUUUCGACCGAUGUAAAAUUGAUUCUCGCAAAUUAUUGGCUGUAGUUGUUGAAAUUAUUGACGAAGAAUUUUAUCGAAUAGGAUCUAAAGCUGGGACAUUGAAUCAAUUAUUCACUAGAAAUCAAUUUACUUUAUGCGGAGAAAAAUUUAUUUCAACAUCCGAUGUUCCAAAUACAACAACAAGCAUACGCAAAGCUGUUUCUCAACUUUCAUUAUCAGGUGGGCAAGGAUUUUUAAGGUGUGAUUGCCAGAAAAAAUGUACAACUAAAAAAUG